AUGGAUGUUCACAGGCUGUUCCUGAUUCCUCGUCCUUCUGCCUCUUGUGCUGGAACUCCUAUCGCUGCUGUAGCUGCCUGUAUCAGAGGACACUCAAGCAAGGCAAGUUAUUUUAUCGACAGUGGAACUGCCGCGGUAAUGAUCAACGACGGGUCGCUGUGCGCUUCGCCUCCGCUGCUCACUGGGAAGUCCUUGGUUUUUGAGUCUUCUGCUCCUCCUGAUAUUCCUAUCGCCGUCGUUACACAAUUGUCGAUAACCGGAAAUGUCAGGUGGAAACCUUAA